AUGUCCUCUGGUGUAUAUCUGCGUCGCCUUGGGAAGGAGCUCACGGAGAUUAAGUCUGAAGGGCUUCCUGAAGGCGUGAAGCUUCUUUCCGCAGAUGAUCUGCAGUGCUGGCUAUUCUCCAUCGAAGUCCUUGGAAAGAGUCUCUUCGAGGGCGAGGUAUUCGCACUCAAGUUCCGCUUCGAUACCUCUUACCCUUUUGGUGCGCCGAUCGUCACUUUCGUCGUAGACGAUAAGUACCAAGCGCCAUUACACCCGCAUGUCUAUAGCAACGGGCAUAUCUGCGCGUCGAUCCUUGGGGACGACUGGUCCCCCAGCUUAAGCGUUGUCGCUGUCUGCAUCACGCUGCAAAGCAUGCUUGCGUCGUGUAGGACUAAGGAACGGCCGCAAGGUAACGACAUGUAUGUGCGCACGGCGCCGGAUAACCCCAAGAAGACGAAGUUCAUGUAUGAGGACGACACUGUUUAA